AAAUCCCAAUAACCUAAUAGAAUAGAGCCAAGGAAAGCUUUCAGAGCCUCUUCCUUCUAGCAAAAGUACAAGUAGCCACCAUGGGCACCACCAAUCCAGCUCCUACGAAGGCGGUAGAAACAGCGGUGAACGCACUCUUACAAUGGAAAAGCUCCAAAUGCCAAACACAGAAGCCCCUUCUAGAGCAAGACGAUUUUAUCUACCUUAUUCUAACUCUCAAGAAAAUCCCACAAAAUUCUCGCAUCAACCCUCACAAAAUCCCACUCCCUCACUCUUUAAUCCGUCAAGAAGACGACAACCCACCGGAACUCUGCCUAAUAAUCGAUGAUCGUCCCAAAUUUAACCUCACUAAAGACGCUGCAUUGAAGAAAAUUAAAAACGACAACGUACCCAUCACUAAAGUGAUUAAGGUUACCAAAUUAAAGACUGAUUAUCGCCCGUUUGAGGCCAAGAGGAAGCUAUGCGAUUCGUAUGAUAUGUUUUUUGCUGAUAAAAGAGUGGUCACACUCUUAUCUAAGUUGUUGGGGAAACAUUUUUUUCAAGAAGAGAAGAAGAUUCCGGUUCCGGUGGAUUUGAAGCAUAAGAACUGGAAGGAGCAGAUUGAGAAAGUUUGCGGAUCGGCUUUGUUGUAUUUGAGGACAGGGACUUGUAGUGUUUUGAAAGUAGGGAAGGUUUCGAUGGACGCGAAGGAGAUUGUGGAGAAUAUUAUGGCUGCUAUUAACGGAAUUGCCGAGAUUGUUCCCGGGAAUGUUAGAUCGUUACAUUUGAAAAUGCUGGAGAGCUUGGCUUUGCCGGUUUAUCAAGCGGUCCCAGAUAUGAAUUUAAAGAUUGAGGGAAUUAAGGAUAGAGGAGGAAAUCGUUGAUGAAUAGGUGCAGAAUGGUAAGUUUCCUCUAGUAUCUCAGUUUUUUUUUUUUUUUUAUUUUAAUUACUGCAAGUGUUCGUGUUAGUUUACGUACACUUCAACUAGUUUUCUAACAUUCUGAAACGGGGCUCUUACUAUAUUAGUGUUUCUCCGACAUCUU